AUGACAUUGAAAUCUGAUUUAGAGGCAAACAAAGAUCAAGAGGCAGCAACGCUUUUGGGAUUACUUUUACCGAAGAUAAUUGAAUACAUUGAGAAAUCGGAUCCUGACUCAACUAAAUAUGAAAUUGAUUCCCUAGGAAAAUAUCACGAACCUUCCUCUCUUAAAGCAGAAUUUCUGCAUGAGAAUAUGGUGGAUGGUAUCAAGGGAGACCAAAAAGAGCUUAGCGAAAUAAUUGACAAAGUUUUGAAGUAUUCGGUAAAUACUUGGAAUCCUGGCUUCUUAGACAAGUUGUACGCAUCUAACAAUCCCAUAGGUCUAGUUUCUGAUUUACUUUUGUCUGUAUUGAACACAAACUCACAUGUAUACACAGUCUCCCCUGUUCUAUCUGUUCUUGAGAAUUACAUUGGGAGGAAAUAUGCAGCUUUAUUUUUUGAAGAUAACCAAGAUACCUGUGGCGGCUUAACUUUUCCAGGCGGUUCCUGGUCAAACGUAACAUCAUUACACAUCGCGAGAUCGAUCAAGUUUCCAGACACCAAGGUAAAAGGCAAUUCAGGCUACAACUUCGCCAUUUAUACUUCAGCACAUUCUCACUAUUCUAUUGAGAAGGCAGCAAUUUUGUUAGGAUUGGGAUCCUCUAAUGUUUUUAAAGUUUCUGCUUUAAAAGAUGGCAGAAUUGAUACAUAUGCAUUAGAACAAAAGAUAAUAGAGACCAAAUCACAAGGGUAUACACCAUUGUACAUAAAUGCAACAGCAGGUACCACAGUCUUCGGUUCCUUUGAUCCAUUCGAGAAAAUUGCAAAUAUUGCAAAAAGAUAUAAGACUUGGCUUCACGUCGAUGGGUCUUGGGGUGGAAAUGUUGUGUUUUCUGAGAAGCAUAAGCAAAAGCUUAAAGGAAUCAAAUAUGCAGAUUCUAUCACAGUCAACCCACAUAAAAUGUUGGGAGUCCCGAAUACUUGUUCCUUCUUACUCCUUCCUCAUGUUCUGACGUUCCAAAAGUCAAUGUCUUUAAGUGCACCAUAUUUGUUUCACGGGAGAGAAAAUGAUGAUGAUGACGAUGUUAAUGAGAACUUUGAUUUGGCUGACGGUACCAUGGGUUGUGGAAGAAGGGCCGAUUCUUUCAAAUUCUACAUGACUUGGCUCUAUUAUGGAUCCAAAGGAUUAGCUCAAAGAGUUGAUCAUGCCUUCGAUAUUGGAAAGUACUUCGUGGAAAGAAUCAGUGAAAACCAUAAUUUUUCACUCGUAUUUGGAAGCAAAGAUGAUUUACCACCCUGUUUGCAAGUUUGCUUUUACUAUAAACCCGACGCAUACGAAGAAACCGAUCUCACCGAUGUAACAAGGUUCAUUUCGAGAGAGUUGCACAAGAAAGGGAAAUAUUUAGUCGACUUUUCGCCUCCGCCCUGGACUGAAGGCAGUCGAGGCGAGUUCUUCAGAGUAGUUUUCAACUCACCUAUUUUGUCAGACAGAACUAUUGACAAUUUGAUCGCCGAGAUUGUUGCAUCUGGCAAGGACUAUAUGAAGAGAGAUAAAUCAUAG